UGUCUCUGCCGCCACCUGCUCCCGCCUGGCCGGAUCGGAUCCGAGCCGAACCAUGGAACCCGGACAGCCCCGGGAGGUUCGUGAACCCGGACCAGGGGCAGAAAACACUGCGGCGCCGCGCUGGGAGGAGGCCAAGACUUUCUAUGAUAAUCUCUCGCCCAAGAAGAAACCCAAAUCGCCAAAGCCUCAGAAUGCGGUCACCAUCGCUGUGUCCUCCAGAGCCUUGUUUCGCAUGGACGAGGAGCAGAGGAUCUACACGGAGCAGGGGGUGGAGGAGUAUGUGCGGUAUCAGCUGGAGCACGAGAAUGAGCCCUUCAGCCCCGGGCCAGCCUUCCCCUUUGUGAAGGCCCUGGAGGCUGUGAACAAGCAGCUUCGGGAGCUGUAUCCCGAUAGCGAAGAUGUUUUUGACAUUGUCCUCAUGACCAACAACCAUGCUCAAGUGGGAGUCCGUCUCAUCAACAGUAUCAACCACUAUGACCUGUUCAUUGAGCGAUUCUGCAUGACAGGUGGGAACAGCCCCAUCUGCUACCUCAAGGCCUAUCACACCAACCUCUACCUGUCAGCUGAUGCGGAAAAAGUGCGAGAAGCCAUUGAUGAGGGGAUUGCUGCUGCCACCAUCUUCAGCCCCAGCAGGGACGUGGUUGUGUCCCAGAGUCAGCUCCGCGUGGCCUUCGAUGGGGACGCUGUGCUCUUCUCUGACGAGUCAGAGCGCAUUGUCAAGGCCCAUGGACUGGACAGAUUCUUCGAGCAUGAGAAGGCCCACGAGAACAAACCUUUGGCUCAGGGCCCCCUAAAAGGCUUUCUGGAAGCACUCGGUAGACUGCAGAAGAAAUUCUACUCCAAAGGCCUGCGGCUGGAGUGCCCGAUUCGUACUUACUUGGUGACAGCGCGCAGCGCAGCCAGUUCUGGGGCUCGGGCCCUCAAGACCCUGCGAAGCUGGGGCCUGGAGACGGAUGAGGCCUUAUUCCUAGCUGGAGCGCCCAAGGGCCCCCUUCUUGAGAAGAUCCGCCCACACAUCUUCUUUGAUGACCAGAUGUUUCAUGUGGCUGGGGCACAGGAGAUGGGCACAGUGGCUGCCCAUGUGCCUUACGGCGUGGCCCAGACACCCCGGCGGGCGGCUGCGGCUAAGCAGACUCUAGGUUCACAGCAGUAGGGUUACCUCGCUGUAGGCUCCCUGACACACUUCCGAGCCUCAUCUGGUGACCUUUCCUGGCGCCUCACUGUCCACCAUCCUGCCUGUUGCCCUCUUCCCUCUGCUCAGAUGCUCCAAGGAAUUUAGGAAGUCGGGGCCAGCAUUCUCACAGUCCCUGCUGGGCAAACACUGCCAUGAUCCUGGCAAGGAAAGCAGGACUUGGCAGGGUAGUUAGGGUGUUGUGGAGAAAUUGAUAGGACCGAGAGCGGCACAGUCAGAGAUGCCAGGAUGUCAAAGGGCUUGGGAUGAAACUGUCACAUGUAGUAUGAAGAGCAUUGUGCAGGAGAGGGUGGAUUAAGGCAUGGACUGCAUGACUUAAGUCCCUCUUUUUUGUAAGCCUCAGUUUACCCCCCUUUUAGGUGAUUUCCAAGCUGUCCUUUAGUCAAAGCUUGGAUGAUGCCCUAAAUGGAUCCUCCUGUGCUGGACUGCUGGUUCCUAUGGCACUUGUGUAGAUUACAAGAUAACACUCUGUCUAGGUGAAUGAAUGACAAAAUGAUGGCCCUUCCUUUGGCCCAAGCCCGGACAUAGGCUAGAUUCCAGAUCUUCGCUCCUCAGCCCUUCAGCCCAUCAGAUGGAAAAUACGCACAGCCCUGUCUAUAUCUCGCCAUGUUUGGGAACUACUGCACAGGGUGAUCUGUUGUUUCCUGUGACUUGCUAACCUGAGCUAACCUGACUGCCAGCUGGAAGAAAUGAUGGGAGUGGAAAUGAUGGGAGGAAUGUACCCUACGUGCAAAUUUUCCUCUAGCCAGCAGGGGGCACUGCAGGCUCCUCCUGGAUUGCGCUUUAGUGGCUUAACAACUCUGGGGGUGGGGGGGCUUUCUUUGCUUUCAGCUUUUUGGCAAAGUUCAGCAGUUCUGCCUGCCAAGCUCCUCACCUCAGUCCUGGGUCUACCAGUCACUGCCACCUACCAUGAUGUAAGGAAGGUCUCCCAGCAACAAAAGAGCACUCCAGCCCCAAAUAUGGAGAAACCACAGGCUCUGAGUGAGUGAUUGUCCAGGCUGAGUCUGAGGGCAAGCUGCUGCAGGGAGACCGGGAAGUGUGAGGUCUGAUCUUAUGUGAACCCAAAGACACUAAGGACGUGCCGGCUUAGAGAGGGAUGCCCUGAACGUGCACCAGCAUGAUGCUGCUGUGGAGAAGGAAAAGCCAGUCUGAGCUACCCUGGAGGUGAUGAGCUGUCACUGGGGUGCGGUACAAAGGACUCUGGAAUGAACCGACCCCCUGAGAGGUACCAGUGAUGACUCCACCUUUGCAUGAAACCAGGCAGCUCUGUCUUCUCCACAUGAUGAGCGAUAGUCACCUCCUCCUUUGCUAAGCGGUCCUGGCACUCAGAGGAAGGGUGGAAGAGUGGAUGCUUGGUCCCCUAAGAGGAGAAGGGAGGGGCAAACAGACAUGUGGUUGUGCUCUGAUUACCUGGCUCCCACAGGGAUUUCAGCAAUGGGGAAACCCAAAGCACCAUCAGAGGGCCAGGAGAGGGCCUGGAAAUGGGGAGAAGGGCAACCGGAGACUCUGACCUCUGCCUUUCUAGGCAUUUGACUCAGAAUCUGAACGAGAACAUGUUCUGGGCGGUGUGUCUCAGGGUAGCAGCUGCAGGAAGGAGGAUGAAGGCUCAGGAGCUCCUGGAAAUGAGAACCAGCUUGGGCCAAAUGAGAAACAUGGGGUUGAGUGUGCAUCUGUGUCUGCAGUAUGAGGACACGGUUCCUGUCUGUGUCUGCAGCAUGUAGACACGGUUCCUGUCUGUGUCUGCAGCAUGUAGACGCGGUUCCUGUCUGUGUCUGCAGCAUGUGGACACUGUUCCUGUCUGUGUCUGUAGCAUGUGGAUGCGGUUCCGGUCUGUGUCUGCAGCAUGUGGACACUGUUGCUGUCUGUGUCUGUAGCAUGUGGACGCGGUUCCUGUCUGUGUCUGCAGCAUGUGGAUGCGGUUCCUGUCUGUGUCUGCAGCAUGUGGACACUGUUCCUGUCUGUGUCUGCAGCAUGUGGAUGCAGUUCCUGUCUGUGCAGCAUGCAGACACUGUUCCUGUCUGUGUCUGCAGCAUGCAGAUGUGGUUCCCGUCUGUGUUACAUGCGGACAUUGUUCCUGGAAAACAGUGAUGCACGUGAGAUAGACAGAGCUGCUUUAUGGAGCCACUGGCAUUACUGCACCGGGGAGGGCACAAAGCAAAGGUGUUUUUUUUUUUUUUUUUUUUUUUGAUUUUUCGAGACAGGGUUUCUCCGUAGCUUUUUGGUUCCUGUCCUGGAAUUAACUCUUCUAGACCAGGCUGGCCUCGAACUCACAGAGAUCUGCCUGCCUCUGUCUCCCAAGUGCUGGGAUUAAAGGCGUGCGCCAUCACCGCCCAGCUAGCAAAGGUGUUUUUGCACAGGGUCGUUUUCAUCAUUAUAGCCAGGACCCUUCCUGCCAGCAGAGGAGGCCUGGGGUAGAACAAAGUCUGUAAGGGGCUUCCUCCCCUACUGGUUCUCCACGACAGACCAGAGAUGUCGUGCAACCUAAGAACAGCUGCAAGGGAAUGAAAAGGGGGGUGAGAGAGGAAGCUCAGCCACAGGGCACUUUCCGCCUUCCUUAGAUCACACAGUAGCCUUCUGCCGUGAGGCCAUCAUCACCAUCACCUUCUUGAAGGGUUCCUUCCUCAAGGCUCAGUCAGUGGUCACAAGAAGCUUGUAGAGAUGUGCAGAAUGCAGGCUCAUAGAGUGUUCUUAGAGUGCCCAGUCAGAAAGACUGAUGUGCUGGGAUGCAGGAGGCUUAGUGGCCAGGGCCUGGUCAUGAACAUGGCAAACGCAUCCAGGUUUCUCAGGAAACAGGAACGGUACCAUCCCAGAAGCAAGGAGAUAAGGUGCAGUAAAAAGCUGCGGAAUUCACUGGAGACACCAUGAAUAGAUACAGACAGCCCUGGGCAGCGCAGAAAGGUCCAAAUUCUAUUACCUAAACCAAAAUUGAGCAUCUCAAGCCUGGACAAAAGCUUCUGGAGCUGGACUAAAAGGCCAGAAGUCCUGGGGGCAGGCUCCAGCUGCAGCCGCACAGUCCUCCUGAUGGACUCGAGGGCUGAAGAGGAGCCUGACAGCACGAAGCAUUGUUUAUUGUGUUACCAGGAGAUUUAAAAACCAGCUGAGCAUCAAAGCUCCAGACCCAGCCUCAGACCGCAGCACUGGGGCAGAAGAGCCAACCGCCCUCAGAACCCUGGACGCCUUUAGCUGGAAGCACCACAUCCCUAGGCCUGGCAGAACACUCCUCCUAGGGGGUGCUUGCCAACCGAGUCCCAGGCCCCGUGGAACUGCCACUCAGCAGAACAGUAGCUCUGUUUGUUAUUAGGAAUGGAGACAGCUAAGAUUACUACAGAACGCCCCUGGGGGACGGAGAUGUAGCUGGGCAUUGGGCUCAGCUAGCAGAGUGCUUGCAUACCGAAUACAAAAGCCUGGGUUUAACCCACAGCACUGCACAAGCUAGAUAUGACGGUGCACACCUAUAACUCCAACACUGGAGGGAUGGAAGCAGGAGGAGUCAGAAGGUCAAGGUGCUUCUCAGCUGCGGUCUGGGCAGCAUGAGAUCCCCAUCGCAAAAAGAAAAAAACAAACCCUCCCCUACGUGACGGCCCAGCUACAUUAGUGGGAAUGCAGCAGAAUGGGCUAAAAGGAGCAGAAGCUAGCAAGAAGUUCAAGUCCCUGACAGACUCGAUGCUACUACACCUCUGUUUGAUUGGCAUGCAGUAAAGCGAUGAUCAGAAUAUCAAAGCCCCUCCACAGCAUGUGGUAAAUAGCCCGACCCCAAAUGUGUCCCUGGGUGUCCCUUGGUAACCUCAGAAGGCCUGGCCCUCCAUUGGGAAUCCUGUAUCUUCCUGUGAUCCAGUCUGCUGGAGGAGAUACCACGCUGUGGCCAUUUCUACCCUCUUGAGGUGUCCAGGACACAGUGAUUUGGGGAGCUGUCAUAACUUGCUCAAAGUUGCCCAGCUAGUAGGUGGCAGUGCUGGGACCUGGAUGUCCAUCAUUUUCCAUACAGUGGCCAGAGAAGCUCCAUUCUGGAAGAAUUCACCCAAAGCUGACCUGUUGAAAAGCUGGGACACAUUUGAGCAAGUGCAUUCUGGUUCAAGCCGCCUCACUGACAGUGAUGGAAAUUAGGGCAGUCCUUCCAAACCGCUUUUGAACAACUUCAAGCUAUGUGAAACUCAGUUUGCAGAUCAUUGAGUUGAGCUAAUAAGGGGUGAGGCCAAACUGGAUCCAUUUCUUGUUGUCGUGAAGAAGCUUCUGUCGUCUUAAACUCUACGUCCACUGGGCUUAUAGACACACUACAGCAGCAGAACUCAAUGGUACCAACGGAAACGCCAAAGCCAAAAGAAUAUUCUCCAACCCUCUUACAGAGAAUGUCUGCUGACCCUUGCAUCAAGGUAAAUAUCCUGGCCACUGGGACAACAUUUAAGCAUUUAAGGACAGAAAUCGACUCCCUAGCUAAAGGAGGCAGGGAGAGAUGGGGACUUAAUGACUAUCUAACCCUUUCCUGACACUCAAGGGUUUAAAAUUCCAAGUACUGUAAAUCACAAGUCAGACUGAAUUCACCCUCUCAAGCUGAACAGGAACAUGACCUUGGCUACAGGUGGCCUUGCUGGUUCCCCAACACCCAUCUCUGCAGCCGUCAUCUCAGCUCCUCAUUGGCCCCAUGGGGUCUCUUGAGCCCUAAUGAGUGCUGGUAAGUGAAUGACUGUGAAACAUGGGCUUUGAAUAAAGGGGAGCACCCAGUGUUGACUCCAGCAGCUCCGAUCUAGCAAGCCAUCCUCACUCCCCGUCUCUGAAAACAAAUUCUCGAGUGUCCCCGGAAGGCUUUGGCUCAGAAGGAUGCAGAUGGAGUGAGAAGCCAGAUUCCACUACAAGGUAGACAUUUUCUUCAAGUAUGAGGCACAAGCAACCAAGCCACCCUUGCAAUGGAAAUUUCUGAAUUCAGUGCAAACAUGCCAGACUGUCUCACCUGCCGCAAUAGCUGGUGUCACCCAUCAUGGUAGUCCCCCUUAUAAAGCCCAGACUUGGACUCAGCUUCUUUUUUUUUUUUUUUUUUUUUUUUUUUGGUUUUUUGAGACAGGGUUUCUCUGUAGCUUUGGUGCCCAUCCCAGAACUAGCUCUUGUAGACCAGCUGGCCUCGAACUCCCAAACAUCCACCUGCCUCUGCCUCCCGAGUGCUGGGAUUAAAGGCGUGUGCCACCACCGCCCGGCUGGACUCAGGUUCUUCAUGCAGCACUUCAGACAGCCUGUCCCAGAUGGAGGUGGCAUGAAAGACGGAACCUGGUUUACUACCUUACUGCCUUUGUGGACUGGACCAUUGCUUUCCUGUGGGCAGGCAUGGUCCUUAAUAUUCCUUCUCUGAUGCUGUGGUACGCUCCAAGGAUGCCAGAUUCUCACCUAUCUCCAGCAGAAU